UUUAUUUUUCAUUAAGUGGGUGAAGAAAAAUGUCUGCUCUGCUAUUUUGUUAUGUGAAUUUUUAAAGUUGAAACAAACUUGCUGUGUUAUGAAAAUUAAUUCCAAAAGGUGUUGAAUUUUGAUUUUUACUUACAACAUAAUGCAUUUCCCAAAAGAUUUAACGGAAAAGCAAGAAAAUGCCAUUGAAGAACUACGAGAGAGGAUGAAAAGUUUUAUAACACCAGACAUUUAUGAAGAUAAUGUCACAUUUUAUAAGUUUCUCAAAGCUCGUAAUUUUAACAUCAACCAGGCAGAAUCUAUGCUGAGAAAGCAUUUGGAAUUCAGGAAAAUUUUGCAGAUAGAUACUAUUCUAACAGAUUACAAAGCACCAGAAGUAUGCGAAAAAUAUCUAUCUCAGAAUUUUCUUGGUUGUGAUAAACAAGGAAGCCCUGUGUAUAUGUCUGCAAUUGGGAACACAGACAGCAGAGGUAUCUUCAAAUCUGCAAAUAAAAUCGAUGUAUUAAAAUGCUGUCUGAAAGUAAUUGAAAUGGGUCUUCACCAAACUAAACUUCAGACAUUAAAGCUGGGCAAACCAGUCACUCAAUGCGUGUAUAUUUAUGAUAUGGACAAAAUGACGUUCACCAAAGCCACUGAUAGAUAUAGUAUUGAACACUUUUUAAUCGCGGUCAAUGUAUUUCAAGACAACUAUCCUGAAUUACUGAAAGCUGUGUAUGUCAUUAAUGCUUCAACGUAUUUUAAAAUGGUAUUUCCAGUCGUUAAAGCAAUACUUGCUGGGUCGAUUAUACGGAAAAUGAAGAUUUUUGGUACAGAUGGAUGGCAAGAAGAAUUAUUAAAAGUAAUGGAUGCAAAAGAGCUGCCCGCCUGCUUUGGAGGAAAAAGAACGGAUCCAGAUGGAAAUCCUAAAUGUAAUACCUUUAUUAAUUGGGCCGGAACAGUGCCAGAAUAUUACUUCAAGACAAAGAAUGUUGAAAAAUUUGCAAAACUAAAUGGCGUGAAGAAAGUUAUUGUACCUAGAAAAGAAAGUUUUGAAGUGAAAAUUGAAGUGAAACGUCCUGGACAAAUGCUGCACUGGGAAUAUGAAGUCGUGUCUCAUGAUAUCGCCUUCAAACCUUUGUUUGUAGGAAAAUGUCUCGAUGGAACUGAAAUUGAAGAAAUUGUCCCGAUGCACAAAUUUGAAACAGAAUGUGAACCACUAAGUGGAUUCAUCAUUUGUAAAAGGCAGGGAAAUUAUGUCAUCAUUUUCGAUAACACCUACAGCUGGUUUAGUUCCAAGGAAGUCUAUUACCGAAUAUGCCUCGGAAGCCCCAAAGAGGAAUCUAAGCCUUAAUCACGAUCAUCAUUGCAAUGUCACAUUUUUCUGUUUAUUAUUUUGUAUAU